AUGUCCGAUGAUAUAACAGAUCAAAGCGAAGAAUUGGUGAAUAGAACACCACCUUUACCACCAGUACCAGAAGGCAUGUCCAAAAAGCAGUGGAAGAAAAUGUGUAAAAGACAAAGAUGGGAAGAAAACAAAUCGAAAUACAAUGCCGAACGUCGUGUGAAGAAGAAGAGACUUCGCCACGAGAGAAGCGCGAAGAUUCAAGAGUACAUUGAUAGGGGAGAAGAUGUCCCUCAGGAGCUUGUCAGAGAGCCUCGAGUUAAUGUAAAUCAAAUUGACUCGGGGAUCGAGAUCAUACUUGACUGUUCCUUUGACGAACUGAUGAAUGAUAAGGAGAUAGUCAGCUUGUCCAACCAGGUUACUAGGGCAUAUUCCGCCAAUAGAAGGGCCAGCCAUUUCGCAGAAAUCAAAGUGGCGCCAUUCGAUAAAAGACUAAAGGAACGAUUCGAAACCACUCUGAAAAAUACAAACUAUGAAAAAUGGAACCAUUUUAAAUUUUUAUUGGACGACAAAAUUAUGUAUGGAGAUGAGCACAUAGGUAAGGACAACAUAGUGUACUUAACCGCCGAUACGGACGAAAAACUAGAGAAGCUGGAACCGGGGAUGCGAUACAUUGUCGGUGGCAUUGUAGACAAGAAUCGUUAUAAAGAUUUGUGCCUAAACAAGGCCCAAAAAAUGGGCAUUCCCACGCGAAGAUUGCCCAUUGAUGAAUACAUCAACCUAGAAGGCAGAAGAGUGCUGACAACGACGCAUGUUGUACAGCUCAUGUUGAAAUACUUCGACGGGCAUGACUGGAAGAACGCCUUUGAAACUGUUUUACCGCCCAGAAAGCUGGAUGCAGAAACGGCGUCCCUGGCGGCUGCACCAGCGACAGAAGACGUAUAA